GUUCAUAUCUCGCUGUGAAGCUGUCGUACGCAGUUGUCAUUGAGUGCUAGACGUUUGCGUAGAAUUGCGUAUUUGUGUGUGCUGAACGUACAUCAUAAUGAACACAACACUGUGCCAGCUUGGACGUUCGUUCAUGUCGGUCGGCGAGCCGACAAUGCAGACGGAGACCGAUGUGGAGAGGAUGCCGGAGAGCGUUGUAGGACCAAUGGAGCAGAUGACUCAGUUGAGUGCUCUGGGUGGGCUGAGCUUGUCUUUUGAACCUGGCUAUGUCAACAGUAUGACAGAGGGAGAGCCCAUAUGGAAGAGUGUGUGUGAGGUCGAUGAACCUACUGAGCUGUCCAAUCUGUCAGCCACCAUCUGUGAUCCUUGUGUGAGAGGUGGGCAGCAGACUCCAUUGACUCCUUACUGCUAUGGUGGUACUCCUCAGGGUAAUCCCAUAUAUCAAUCAUUUGGUGUUCCAGCAUGGCAGUCAUUGGGUUCGAUGUCUGCCAUGUCUGGUGAAUCUAUGAACCCUCAACAUAACAUGGAACGACCACAUUCAAGUGUGGUGUUUGGUUGUACUUACCCUCCCGAUGGAUGGCAUCCUCACCUUAGUUUCUCACCAGAAGGUCACACUGGCACAAUAUCACAGAUGGAUAACAUCCCCAGGAAACCGGGAGAAAAAGAAGGAUUGCCACAUGGAGUCAGACUGCCUCAACGUCGUGGUGCAACUCAGUUGUGGGAAUUCCUUCUGGAGAUGUUGAAUAAGGAGGGCAAUGAAUCGGUGAUCUCGUGGCUGAACAAGGAUAUCCACGAAUUCUGUGUUCUCGAUCCUGACGAACUGGGCAGACGGUGGGGUGAGCUGAAGGGUCGUCCAAGGAUGAACUACGACAAGCUGAGCAGAUCGCUGAGAUACUACUACCAGAAGAAGCUGAUCAUGAAAGUCCCAACAGAGAAACACGUGUACAGAUUUCUUUGUUCUCCGGAGAUUCUGUACGACGCACUCGGACGCAGAGACAAGAAACUGAAGAAAGGAUUCAUGUCCAGCCAAGACGACUUACGCUGCGAAACAUCACCGUCACCAACAAAUACUGACGUCUCCCACAGCAAAUUAGAUAGUGAAAGCUCUAACGACCACCUCCAUCUUCAGUUAGAAGAAGUGGCACUGAGUAAGAGCGGCACUCAAAGUAUCAAUGUACUUUUGAGGAAACGUCUUCAGUCUCAGUCAAAGUCACACACUCAGCAGACGGCUCCUCUCUGGCGCCCACCCAGCCCACCGUCGCCCGCGCAUCCUCACACCAACAAAAUAUCAACACGGCCUCAUCCCUACUUGCCGCGCAGAUCGUUAUCAACUUCGAUUCUCUCUACAAACGUUGCGAAGAGCUUUCCGAACGACACCAUACCCAUUCCACAACCGAGAUCCGAAUCUGGCAUUUCGUUUCUCUCUUCGGGCAUGACCUGCAGUCUCCCUGCUAACGUGUCUCUGCUGCCGUGCUUCUCGCCGGAUCACUCGCCGGACGAUUCUCCAAAUCCAGAGAGUCCCGCUUGUUCUGAUCCAUAUUACCCCAACUCACCACACAGCAUUGUAUCCGAUAUCAGCGACAACAGCGAAACAAAAAGUCUGAUGAUGGAGUUCGUCGAGAGCUGCAUGAAUGACAACAACUUCCUGGAUCUCUUGUACUACGCUGAAAACCCGGACCAACUCCAUCUCUUGCCAGACAAACUGCAGCCUUUGUCAGUGGCUGCUCUUGCUCCACUAAUGCCACCUUUUAAAAACUGAAACAACUCCAAGUGUAUGUACAUCUACGUCUUCGUGUAUCUACGGUGUCGUCUUUUCGUGUUAGUUUAUCAUAGUUUAUCUACGUUGUCGUGUUUUAGUCGAACUCUGGUAGCCAUUUGAGCAAGCAUUGUAGUGAUCAUAUAUCUAACAUACUGCUGUAUACUGUAGCUGUAGCUAAGCUGGUUAUUGUAGCAAUUAGUAAAGCUGUCUACAAGAAUUAUGCUCAAUUUUUUACAAUAGACCCUAAGACUUAUGAGCAAAACUGCA